AGGAGGCAGCCGCGGCCGGAGCGAGCCGAGGCGGGGAGGUUCCCGGGGCUCCGCUCCGCUGUGGAGGCGCCUCCUCGGGAAGGCAAGCGGCCGGGGGACCCGCAGGAGCUGCAAGCGGGGCGCGUCAAGCCUUCUGGUCUUUGGCAUCCCCCCCCUUUGCAAGACAUGAACCCCUCGACCUUGGAGAUGCACCCCUAUGAAUGCAACGAGAAACACCACUGCUUGGCAACCAUGGAGCCAGGCCCAUCAUUGGCAGGAGACUGGGAAAUCACGGAAGAGGAAGAGGAGAAGGAGGAAGAUAGCAGCCAGUUCUUGAACGUGCACAUGCGCCGGUCCCGGACCUUGAGAGGAUCCAGUCACACCUUCGAUUCCUUCCGAAGGCACAGCUGGGAGCCUGGAAAAGUGCUGGAAGAUGACCCAGAUUUUGACCAGCGAAGCUUAAGUUUGAAAGAACUGGCACCCGGGGAACUUGACUCCACGGAGCAACUGGAUGGGCAUGCCUUGGCAAGAAGAGACCCCCGGCGGGCCCCUAUUAUUCAUAGCAAUGAUGAAAUGGGAUCCCUGCUUUCUCAGGACGAGGAGGAGGAGGAAGAAGGCCAGGUGAUGCCUCAGGAACAUGGCAAGAGGAAGCAGGUCUAUGGCUUGUCCCCAAGUUCUCCCUGUGGUCACCUGCCCAAGUCUGCGUCCAUGAGUGUCAUCGACAGUUACCCAGAUGCAGAUGAAUUUUCUCUUUAUGGUGAUAACGUCAGCCUAGCCAGUCGCUUCAGCAGUGGGAGCUGCGGGCAGCUGGACACCAGCACGGUGGAGGCCGAGGACCAGGUUCACUGGCAGAAGGAAGGGAAUGCUCUGGGGCGCACUCUCAGUUUUCUCAAGAAGAUGACCAGGAAGUCAAAGAACAAAGAAAAAGAAAGGAUGAAGGAAGGCAAAGAUAAAGACGCCCGCUAUACCAACGGGCACCUCUUCAAUUCCAUCACAGUCUCUGGCAUGACCAUGUGUUACGCGUGUAACAAGAGCAUCACCGCCAAAGAGGCACUGAUUUGUCCAACCUGUAAUGUGACCAUCCACAACCGUUGCAAAGACAGCCUACCAAACUGCACCAAAGUCAAGCAAAAGCAACAAAAAGCCGCCUUGCUGAAGAACAGUUCAGCGUUGCAGACGGUCUCCCUCAGGAACAAAACCAUCACACGGGAGCGUCCCAAUUCUGCCAUUUACCCGUCAGAGAGUUUCCGGCAGACCUUGCUGGGAUCCCGCCGAGGCCGUCCUACCUUGUCGCUCUCCAAAAGUGUCUCCACCACAAACAUUGCAGGGAGCUUCAACGACGAAUCCCCGCUGGGCAUCCGGAGGAUCCUCUCUCAGUCCACCGACUCCCUGAACAUGCGCAACCGGACCUUGUCCGUCGAGUCGCUCAUUGACGAAGGAGCUGAGGUCCUUUAUAGCCAGUUGAUGAGUGACUUUGAGAUGGACGAGAAGGAUUUCGACGCGGAUUCCUGGAGUCUAGCCGUGGACAACAGCUUCCUGCAGCAGCACAAGAAGGAAGUCAUGAAGCGCCAAGACGUCAUCUAUGAGCUGAUCCAGACAGAGCUGCAUCACGUCCAGACCCUGAAGAUCAUGACCAACCUCUUUCGCAAGGGGAUGCUGGAAGACCUGCAGAUGGACGCCUCGGUGGUGCAGAGCAUGUUCCCCUGCGUGGACGAGCUCAGUGAGAUCCAUGGCAGCUUCCUGGCCCGACUUUUGGAACGCCGGAAGGAAUCUCUGGCCGACGGCAGCCCCAAGAAUUUCGUAAUCAACCGCCUGGGAGACAUUCUGAUCCAGCAGUUUUCAGGCCCUACUGCCGAGCAAAUGAAGAAGGCCUACUCAGAGUUCUGCAGCCAUCACACCAAAGCUGUCAAGCUGUACAAAGAGCUCUUCACUCGGGACAAGCGGUUUCAGCAGUUCAUCCGGAGAUUGUCACGCUCAUCGGUGCUUCGGCGGCACGGGGUGCAAGAAUGCAUCCUGCUCGUCACGCAGCGCAUCACCAAAUAUCCUGGGCUCAUUGAUCGAAUCCUGCAAAACUCCAAAGGGAAUGAAGUGGAUCAGAAAGAUCUGAAAACAGCCUUGACUCUGGUCAAAGAACUGCUCUCGACCAUUGACCAGGAAGUGCACAAUCAGGAGAAGAACGCGCGGCUGCAGGAAAUCUACGGCCGGGUGGAUGGGCGGACCAAGGCCCACCUGCCCUGGGAGCGGGGGCCCUUCAGCAAGGAGGAGAUGCUGCGGCGCAAGCUGGUCCACGACGGCUGCAUGCUCUGGAAAACCCCCGCAGGGCGCUUCAAAGAUGUCUUGGUGGUUCUGAUGACAGACGUUCUCAUCUUCCUACAGGAGAAGGACCAAAAGUACAUUUUUCCCACCCUGGACAAGCCAACAGUCAUUUCCAUCCAGAACCUGAUUGUCCGUGACAUUGCGAAUCAGGAGAAGGGCAUGUUCCUGAUCAGCAGCACCCCGCCUGAGAUGUAUGAGGUUCACGCUGCAUCGCGUGAUGACCGCAACACCUGGAUGAAGGUCAUCCAGCAGAGUGUCAAGCUCUGCCCUCACCGGGCUGAAUUCCCUCUCAUUGAGACCGAGAGUGAAGCCUCUCUCAGGAAGCUGAAGGACAAGAUUCAGCAGUGUGACCAGGAGAUUGGGGUGCUUCUCAAGGAGAAAGCAGAACUCUUUGCAGACCUUGUGGCUCUCCAGAGCGGCAGGGAAGAUGGCCCCCUGCCCUGGGGGAACCCCCGCACUCUCUUCCGCACCGAGUCAUCGGACCCCCCGCAUGGAGAGAAGCUGGUCCAGGAGGCCAUCAGAGAAGUGGAAGUCUUGAAAGAUCUCGUCGUGGGAUCCAGCUGGGACCUAGAGCAGAACCACACACAGAUGCCCAGCAGCUGCUCCAGCCCAAACCCCAGUAACGCCACCAACGGGGAGACUGGAAGUACGAACGACGCUCUCGAGUUUGCCCGGGUUGAGGCGGAUUCAAACCAUCGGGAUGGAAAUGGCAACCAGUUGCAGCCCAAAGGAGUGCAGGAGGAGAUGCUCCAGCGCCUCAAGAGUCUGUAUUCUCUACUCCAUGGACUGCAGGGCAUCGUGGCGCAUCAGGACUCCCUCCUGGCCUUCCAGGCGCCCGAGGCCGUGGAACGCCAGCGCGAACGGCUGAGCCGCAGCAACUCCUGCAAGGAGGCCCCCCCGGCCGACCAGCACAGCACGGAGCUCGCCCUCUUGCAGAAGCAGCACGCUCUCUUGCAGCAGGAGCUGAACCGCUGCCGGCAGCUGGGCCAGGAGAAGGCCCAGGAGGUGGCUAGUCUGGAGGCCCGGCUGCGGGAGAGCGAGGGCGAGAGGCAGCGGCUGGAGCGAGAGGCGGACGAGGCCCGGAGGCAGCUGGCCGCGCCCCGGGUGCCCCUGGAAGCCGUCUGGGUCCGGAAGGCGGCUGAGCCCCGGAGGCGCAGUUUGCCUGCCGGAGAUGCUUUGUACCAAAGCUUCAACCCUCCUCCACAGCAGAACCGAGGGGGGGAGCCCCUCUCGCCCGGCUGCCAUUCCCUGCACCGGACCUUCUCCAGUGGCCAGCGGGAGGAAGCGUCCUUCCCGGGCGUCCCUGCUCGACUGCAGGAGGAGGCAGAGGAGCAUCUGCAGGUGCUGAUGGAGGAGGAGGGCCUGGGCAACUCCCGCUCUCCCCCAUCCAGCCCCAGAGAUUUCCAAAGGAUGCAGGACAUUCCGGAAGAGGUGGAGAGCAUCCAGGAAUCCAACGCUGGUGACGGAGACCUCCUGGGCAGUUAGAUGGUGCCAAGGGGGGGAGCUGCCUCCCAGAGCCACUGAGGACCACGGGCUCCCCUGCCGGUUCCCCCCCCCUCCCCUUGCCCCUUUUUUUCCAUCAAAGUCACACCAGGGUGUUUCAGGGACUUGAAAGACCGCCCCAUGUGAACUUUGGGGAGGGGGACGGUAGAGGAAAAGCAGGCCCCAAGAGUGGGUGAAGGGCAGUCCGUUGCGUUGCCCAUCCCCAGGGACCCUCGCUAUGGAUGGCUGUUGACAAACGGUCACGGAUGCACAAAGGGGUAGUAGGAACCUUCCUUUCUCUCACUCCUGUUGAUGGGUUCAGGCGGGGGUCUCUGGGGACCACAAAGGCCGCCGGACCUGGCGCGCUCGGCUGAUUCGGACCCUCACCACUCCUACUGUACUUCCUGAAGUUUAUUUUUUUUUUAUUUAUUUUGGAAACGGGUGGAAGCUGGCCCAUCCCGAUGGAAGAUGAGUUUUAAAUUAUUGUUGUUCUUUUUAAGUUGUUUCUGCUUUUGUUUAAAAUUUUUCAGGGGUCUCUAUGAACAUUCAGGGCAGAAAAGUAGUGAGAUUUCUGGUCAGCCCCUCUACCUUAAAAGAGCAAAGAGAAAGUCAACCAAGGGGAUUCUUACAUUAGGUGCAACUCGGUCAAUUUGGUGCUCCGGACUCGUUUUUCAGCUUCACAAGCUGCUCUCCUGCUAAUCAGGUUUGUUUAGUUGAGGGAGCUUUUCCUUUUUGAAAUCCAGCAUUUCCCUUGAAAAGAGGAGUUUUGACUGACUUCUUGCUCUCCCCCAAGAGAGAAAUUUGUUACCAAACAUCAAACUCUUGACUUGUUGCCCACGGCUUAAAGGACAUCUAACUCGUUCGGCUUUAAGGGAACGGCCUGCAUUUUGAAUCUCUAAACUUACUAUAUCGGUUUGGGGAAAAUAGAUCCCAGAGAGAUUUGGGGUCUAUAGAAAUGCAGAUGUUCCACAAAUGAGUACUUAAUGCCUGUGUGGAAAGGAUGUCAUAAAUAUGACCGGUUAAAAAUAAAAAAACGGGAUAUUUUUUUGCAACCUAAAUUGCAGUGAAGCCGUUCCUUCCUUCCACAAUUUAGAUUGUGCUAUGAAAAUUCAGAGUUUUUUUUUAUUAUUUGGGGUGGGGGGGGAUUAGGAGGAAAGGCACAAUUUUGGGGAUUUUUUAACCACGUUUUUUAACCAAAGCUCAGUGGGUUUUUUUUUUUUCAUUAAAAAUACAUAUCAGGGAAAACAUCAGGGAUUAGAAAUUUGAGUUUGAAAUUGGCCGGAAUUCUAGCUUGAUUGGAAAUAAAAUUAGAUGUGAUUUUUUUUUUUUUUACACAUUGCCAUUGACACAACUUGCACACCCGCUGAGCUUAUGGCCCGAAACAAAUGGAGGAAAAGGGAGGCCAUUUUCUCAAAACGUUGGUUUUGAUCACUCCUUGAGACACUCAUCCCGAGAACAAGUUCCCCCAUCGGAAGAAAUGAAAAAAAAAAAAGCACAAGAAGCAAUUGUGCAAAUUGCAAAUGGGGUCUCUCUCCUCCUUGUGCAAUUAAAAAAACAAAAUCGCCACUUCUCUUUAAGCUGCUAUUCUGGUCGAUUCCAUCCCAAUUUCUACGAAGAAUAAAUGUGUGAAAAGGAAGAGCCCCCAACAUCCUCCACCUUUCUCUACGGAACCGCCCUCCGAUCUAUAUUUUCUCUCGCUUCAGCCGUUUUUAAAAUUCCUUUUCAGCCCUUAAAAGGAGAUUUUUCUUUUACCGAUUUAAAAAAAAAACAAACCCAACCUCCUGCUAUUCUGACCAGUAACACCGCUUAACAGAAAAGGUUAAAAAAGAAAGAAUGUGCCACGAAGGACUUUUUUUUUAAAAAAAAGAAAAACAACACAGGAGAGUGAUUUUUUUUAAAUAAAUGUAUAUGAAGAUCAAAAAAAAAUGGUUUAUUGUUUUCCUGUUGAUUUAACUUGUAAAAGAAAAAAAAUGGACCAGAAAAGUUUAAUUAAAGAUAUGAAAAGCAA